CUUUAGAGCUUGAACUCCAAAACAAGCCCUCUGAGGCUGGCCCAUCACAGCCAGUUGUUCUUUUCCUUUUCCUCUCUCGCUUUUUUUGGGAGUCUUUCUAUUUUUUCUACCCUGCCUGCAGACAGUGUGUGUGAGUGGGUGUGUCUGCGGGCCAGUGCAGCCUAGUCGCUGCUUGUGCGCACUCUGAAAAGAGGAAAAAGUUGAUGAUGAGUUCAGUGUGAGAGCGGCCCGCCUCGGAGCAGGCUACCCGAUCAGGAAUGGCAGUUUGGACCAGAGCAGACAAAAACGGUCAGCUGGACCUUCUCCUCCGGGACCGCUGGAUCAGAGUGGCCGCCGAACUCACCCGAGAAACGCUGACUUUAACGGCCGAAGCGGAGGCAGGCGGCCAGGGGGGCAACCACUGGGACUACAACAACUCUUCGGUGGGCCUGCGAAAUGGCAUGUCGAACGGAAACGACUCGGGACAGAGUCCGGGGAACCAUGGUUGCGGUCCGUCCUCGGGUCAAGACCAACACCAGAACCAGAACCAUGGGGAUAGGGGGCGUAGCGGCAGCCCGGGGCUCGGGGGUGUCAGUCGGGGUCAAUACGACGGCAACUACGGUGUAAAUAGCCCCGGGAAAUACCCGAAUAACGGCACAAACUCUGACGUUGGAAGCCCCGGAUCCAGCUACGGCAGUCCCGGGUCCAGCUUCGGGUCGAGACAAGGAGACAUGCCCGUCAGUGCGGACGGCCCUUCGGAAGCUGUGCGGAAAGUUCGGGUUGUCAAACAGGAGUCUGGCGGGCUGGGGAUCAGUAUUAAGGGGGGGCGCGAGAACCGGAUGCCCAUCCUCAUCUCCAAGAUUUUCCCGGGGCUCGCCGCUGACCAGAGCAGGGCUCUCCGGGUGGGAGACGCGAUUCUGUCCGUUAAUGGGAACGACCUCCGGGAGGCUACACACGACCUCGCGGUCCAGGCGCUUAAGAAGGCGGGGAAAGAAGUAACGCUGGAGGUGAAGUACAUCCGCGAGGUCUCUCCACUCUUCAAGAAGCCGUCCCUGGUGGCCGACCUGCCGUGGGACGGCGUCCGCCCGCAGUCGCCUAGCUACAGCGGCAGCGAGGACUCCGGCUCGCCCAAACACAGCUCCCCCCCCCCCAAAGACAGGAAGGUCAUCAGCCUGAAGAUGUGCUUCAUCAGCAGGAACCUCACCAUGCCAGACCUGGAGAACAGACUGCUGGAGCUGCACUCCCCAGACGGGCAGCACACGGUGGUCCUGCGCUGUAAGGACGGACCCUCGGCCAGCUCCUGGUUUACGGCCGUCCACACCAACAUCGCCGCUCUGCUGCCUCACACCCUGGCUCACAUCAACGCUUACCUGGGGGCCACGUCUGCGGCCUCCACACACCCCCACCUCAAACACAUCGGCUGGCUGGCUGAACAGGUUCAGCUGGAAGGUGGACGGCAGCAGUAUAAGCCCGUUGUCAUGGCGCUGACGGAGAAGGACAUCUUGCUGUUUCAGGCGGUGCCGUGGAGCAGAGAGUCCUGGUCCACGCCUCUGCUCACACACCCACUGCUGGCCACAAGGCUGGUUCACUCUGGCAGUGCUCGGGGGUCUCCUGCUCAGGGGUCAGACCUGGUGUUUGCCACCCGGACGGGCACAGGGCGGGGCAUCGAGUCCCACAUCUUCAGAGUGGAGACCCACUGGGACCUGUCGUCAUGGACGCGAGCCCUCGUGCAGGGGGCGCACGCCGCGGCUGAGCUCAUCAAAGAAGUCUCCAUCGGCUGCACCUUGAGCCGGCAGGAUGUGCGUCUGACGCUGCACUACGAGAAGGGCUUCACUGUGACCAAGGAGCAGGUGGACCCAGCGGGGGGGGCCGUGCUCUUCAGGUACCCCUACGAGAAGCUCCGGAUGUCCGCAGACGAUGGAAUACGCAACCUCUACCUGGACUUUGGAGGUCCAGAGGGAGAGAUGGUGUUUGACCUCCACUCAGGUCCCAAGCCGGUGGUGUUUGUCCUCCACUCCUUCCUGUCAGCGAAGCUCACUCGUAUGGGCCUCCUGACGUGAGACAGCGGCAGCAGCAGCAGCAGCAGCAGCGGCAGCAGCAGCAGCAGCAGCGGCAGCAGCAGCAGCAGCGGCGGCAGCAGCGGCGGCGGCAGCAGCGGCGGCGGCAGCAGCAGCGGCGGCAGCAGCAGCGGCGGCAGCAGCAGCGGCGGCAGCAGCAGCAGCGGCAGCAGCAGCAGCAGCGAGGAGACGCUCCGUAAAUGCUGAUACUUUUCUUUUAGUUUCUUUUUCCGACUCCUCCAUUCAGAGCUGAAGCUUUGGAGUGAGGGAGAUUAGACCACAAGUGUUGAUUGCCUCAGAACUGUGCCUUCUGUUCAAACAUCUCCUCGGCCUCUGGAAUCAUUUGUUUUGCAGAUAAAAGGAAGUGGCACUUUGCUUGAAGUGAUGAGAGACAAAACAGGCUUUUAAAAAUCAUUCCAUGCAUUCACUUUUAUUCCAAGAUGUGCUCAUGAGAUUCCACUACCAGUGCACUUCAAGCAAAGUGUUAUUGAUAUUAAGGGAUGGACAUUUUGUUAGACAAUAAGCACAGAAUGGUGAAAGCUCCCUGUUUUACUCUCUGCCUUUCAUUCCACCACAGCCUUCCAAUGUUCAGGGCUCUAAUCUGUUAGUCUUUGUGAGUGUGAGACGCUGAUUUAGAGUCAGUAUGCAGUUAACUGAUCAGAGAGUGUGUGUGUGUGUGUGUGUGUGUGUGUGUGUGUGUGUGUGUGUGUGUGUGUGUGUGUGUGUGUGUGUGUGUGUGUGUGUGUGUGUGUGUGUGUGUGUGUGUGUGUGUGUGUGUGUGUGUGUGUGUGUGUGUGUGUGUGUGUGUGUGUGUGUGUGUCUAUACUACACCCUUCGGUUGGCUGACGGUGUGCCUGCUGUCUGAUGGCACCUGCUAGCACAUUAUCCUAACCUACUGUUGUAAUCAAGUGCCAAUGGUGCCUUCCUACACGUAGUGACACUCUUUGUAAAGUAUUUUUUAUUCACACAGUGAGAGAGUUUGAAGCUUUCGACAUGGCCGAGCUAUAGUAUUACUCUUAGUGUAACCGUGUUACUUUGUUUUUAUGUUGUUUUUAAAGUCUUAUGAUAAGCAUGACAUUAAACUCUGUAUCAGAUGAUGACAUCUGAACAUGUGUUCCCCCCCUUUUUGACCUUUGCUGCCACGUCAUGUCUCUGUCAUCUCAUUCCAUUUCUCUUGAGUUUCCUGGUCCCUUGUUACCUGCCUAAAGCAGUGUUUCUCUGACCAAGCAAUCACUGCAGUCAGUGUACACACGCUUUCUUUUACAUUCCUUUUAAUUUGCUGUCUGAAAUGUUUUUUACAAAUAUAUGUUUUACUCUUGGUCCACUGACUUGCCUUCUUCUGGAGCUUGCAUGGCCUCAUCUGUCAUCCAUCUGCUUCCAGUGUAGCAGUAACCUUUAAGAUCAGCUGAUCACAGAAAUCAUCACAAUGAUAUAAAGAGGUGGUUCUAGACCAAUUUUACUGGGGGGGGGGGGGGCAUGCUGGGCCCGGUUAUUUAAAGAGCACAUUUAAUGCAGGACAAACACUCUCUUUGUGUUUUUAAGAUUUCAACAUUUUGGUUCAGUAUAAUGACAUGGAACACAACAUAAACUAUAAUGAAUAAUAUUUGUUUCAGUAGCUUAGUUACAAUUUUAUUAAAUGGCAUUUAUGAAAACAAAACACAUCCAUGGUAACUUCGGCUCAAGUUAAAGCACAGUCUUUGCACCAUCACCAUUGGUUUUAUAAUAGACUCUUUUUUCAGAGGCGGGGCACAGGGUGGUCCAAGCCCAGUGUUAUAAGGGCACUGGCCCCUGUGAGCCCCCCCCUAGAACCGCCCCUGCAAAGAGCAGGCGAUCAAAGACAAGGAUUUACCUUAAAUCUUCUGUAUUGUUUAGUCUUUUACUAAACUUAUUACAUUUAAAGCAGUUAGACAGGAUCUUAUCCUUUAAAAACAUAUGUAAUGUUUUAAUAAUGACAAUACUACUAUAAUAAUAUUUCAUAUUAUCCAAAAAAAGGGUUAAAAUAGUAGGAAGUUGAAUUUGAAACAAUGAAAAACAAACUUUCUGAAGUAGAACAAAUACUGUUGCUGUUGUUUGAGUUACAUCAGAUAAUAUAGAACCUUUUGUAUCAUAUGAAAUAAAUGCCCGGCAUAUUCUAGAAGAACCCUAUUCAGAAUGAUAUGUGUUAAUAACAUAUUUUAAUGUUGCUUAUUCCAAAAGAUCUAUUGUUUAUGUACUGCAGCCGUCAAAAAUCCACCUUGAACCACUUGGCUCUCUCACGUGGAAGAGUAUAAACCUUGUUUGCUAGUAGGAGUAAAACUGAUUUUUUAAAAACUUUUUUCUUUCACUUAAAUCCAAAAUGUCACUUUCAGUGGCAUGAUCAACUCAGGCCCUGGUGCUGUUCGUUCAGGUCUUGCUGUUUUUUAGUAUGCAUUUUUCAAUUAUUGCCUGGAAAAAUGCAGAGUUGGUGUGAGAGAAAGUGAUGUUAGGCAUGCACCAAUUUAGUGCUGUUAUUUAGAUGGAGUGUGAGUGAAGUCAUGUGACGAGCACUGAGCAAACUCAAUCGAUUGAUGAAGAGCAUCAGAUGCAGUUGAAAGCUCUGGUUAAAGCCACUAAAUGGACCUAGGGUUAAUGUUAUUUGUUAAUCUACUAUGCCCAAGCAAUUAUGACUUCAGUCUCUAAAUGAAGGUUGGCUCGUCAAUGAGCUCCACGUGACUGUAAUGUAGACAUUUCCAUAACCUUCAGCUGUUCAUGGUGCGUGUUCCUGAAGCGAGCCUUCCCUUCAGUAGAGCCUCUGUUCUUUGGGCCUCUAACAAUGUCCCAUUGUUUCCCCUCAUCGUGCAACACAGAACCAGAUAUCCCGUCUGUCCUCGGAUAAGGAACACAGUCACAGUCUGUACGACCUUCAUUCUGUUUGAGACGGUGUCCUUGUGAUGGUUUGGACACUUUUUUCAUUUUAUAGUAAAUGCAUAAAACAAACUGAAACAUUGACAUUAAUAAAAUGCAUUAGGUCAACAGAUUUCACAUAACUGUAUUAAGUUAGUGAAGGCAAUAAUAUUAAGUUUAAAUAAGUUCAACUUAAUAUUAUUGCUUUUUAACCUUGUAAAUCUGUUGACAUAAUACAUUUAAUUAAAGUCAACGUUUUGGUUUCUUCAGUGUCGGCUGUGAUAAAGACUGGCAGGCUUCACUUCCCCUCAUGUGUUCCAGUUAGAUCCGGCCUGACAGAAAGUGUUGUUCCUGUGUUGCUCUCCAUCCUUCCCCACCACACCUUUUACUCCAUGUUAGUCCUGUCCUCUAACACACCGCACAGAUCUGAUUGUCUUAAGUUGGUCAACCUUCAACAAGCGACAGGCCGUCCCUCUUUAAACUCGGUGCACUAAAUCUGUGAAUGUACACCUCUCCUCUGCUUCCACAUGAUGAUGUUCACCUCCUUUCUGUGAUUGUGGCUCCUGUCUAUGCAAUGCAAAGAAAGGGUUUUGAACCAAAGGUAGUUUUUGUGGCAGCUUGCGUCCAACACAAUCAUUGAACUGAGGGGUCUCGGCAGAAUAAAGUGCUGCUGCCUCAACCCGUCAUAUGCAAUGUAUUUUAGACUUCCUUCCAAGAUACUUACAGCCUAUAAUGUAUGAUAGCAAUGUAAUAAUCACAAAUGUAAAAAAAACUACCAAUAAAACUGUUACAAAUUA